GAGUCCAGUCUGCGCAGCCAUGUCCAUCAGCAAGCUGCGCGCCGAGUGCCUGCCGCUCGGCGACUACACGCUGCGCUUCGAGUGCAGCGAGCUGGGCGCAGACUUCGAGCAGAAGGCAGCCCAGGAGCUGCGGGAGACGCCCGACGUCACGGAGCCGGCGGUCGCGCGCCUCAAAGCACUGCUAGCAGAGGAAGAUGAUCUUAACGUUCCCAAAGACGAUGAGGAGUUCCUAUACAUAUUCUUGAGGCCAUGCAAGUUCUAUCCAGAGAGCGCAAUGAAGAGGAUGCGCAGCUUCUACGAGUUCAAGCUGAAGCAGGACCGGCUCGUGCAGCAAGUGAUGCCCCACAGCGUGGAGCGGCCGCUCAAUCUGCAGAUCAUCACCAUCCUGCCCAACAGGGACCAACACGGCCGCCGCAUUCUGCUCAUCCACGCAGGCCGCCGGUGGAAGCCUUCGGAGUGUUCGCUGGACGAGCUGUACAGCUGCGUGAUGCUGUUCCUGGAGAUCGCCGUGUCGGAGCCGCGCACGCAGAUCGCUGGCGUCAACGUCAUCCUCGACCUGGACGGUCUGUCCAUGACGCAGGCCAUGCAGUUCAGCCCCUCCUUCGCCAAGAUGCUGCUCCACUGGGUGCAGGACUGUAUACCUAUCCGACUGAAAGCCAUCCACGUUGUUAACCAGCCCUACAUCUUCAACAUGGUCUUCGCCAUCUUCAAGCCAUUUAUCAAGGAGAAACUGAGGCACAGGCUGCACUUCCACGGUCGCGACCGCGGCUCGCUGCUGGAGCACAUCGAGGUGAAGGCGCUGCCCACAGAGCUGGGCGGCAUCAUGAACCUGCCGCCUCCGCCUGCCGACCGCAUGAUAGAGCUGCUCGAGGCCUACGAAGACAUCUUCGAAGAGCGGCGCUCACAAGGCUACCGCAGGAAGGACGCCUCGACGUAAACAACGCGUGGGAGCCGACCCGCCAACCCUGAGACCGCAGGCACCGCAUGUGCAGCGCGCAGCCGACUGAGCCCAACGCCGCUCUGCCAGUAGCAAGCGCUCCGCACCGCCAAGUGUUAAGAGGUCUCCAGAGUGGACAUAAGAGUAGUUCCCUCUCCCUGUGUCUGUGAUUUCACUUCUUCAGUUUCUCGGAAAAAGAGUGCAUGUGGGGGUUUCCUUGCUAACCCAUACAAGACAGUUCCUGCGAACAAACUUAAGCAAAAAAUUAUUCUAUAAUUACUAUAUUUUUUCAGAGUAAGGAAAUAUUUAAAUUAUUUUAUAGAUAAACUAUUAGCGUCUUCCAGUUUUUGUACCAUGAGCUACUAUAACUUCGUAUCAUGGUACCCUGUUAUUUUUUAUGUAUUUAUUUCCUCAACAAUAAUGCCAUUAUACAUUCCCAGAUUUUGUGACCAGCAACAAAGUUCGACUCUCCUAUGAUUUUAGUGGUAAUUUCUUGCUAAAAGGUACUUAAAGUUCUCUUAUUUUUUGUAUAAAUGCGUUUUCAACGAUUUUUUUCAUAGUCGAAAAUACAAUUAUCAGACCAAACGUAGAACUGCAAAUAUCCCUGACUUCAGGAGGACUUAUUCACACUAUCACACUAUACCAAAUGUCUCCAUGUUUUAUGUAUUGCAAGGUCUUUCUAUUUAGAGUGUCAUCAGGAAAUGAUGACUUGUACAUGUCACCAAGUUAAUGGCAUUUCAUUACUCAGUGUGCAUACGUUUAGAAAUGAAGCUAUUUUGACUGGAUGGUCUACUGCAACAGUUGUCAAUCAUUUUCCAAUGACGCUUUGCUGGUAUCUGUUUAGACGCUCACUUAGAUUGUACUAACUGUAUAUUUUAUGUGUUGUAUGGGUAGAGAACAACUAGAAAAUGUUGCCAUAAGCGUUUUGAUUCAGCAAUUAAAAUUGCAUUUAAAGGGCAGCGUAAAUGUACAUUAAAUGUUAAAGUGACCAUAAUUAAAUGUCUCUUAGUUUGUCUCAAAAUUUACAUAUCUCCAAACCUUUUAUUACACUUCUCCUGUUUCACUUUAAUCCCACUAGAUGCAACAGUAGACCAUCAGAAAACUUUACUAACAAUUAUAAUGUAUGAAAUUAUAUUGCUCUUGGUAAUAUUUAUGAAAUGGGGACUUGUGAACAGUAACUCUAAUGCAACAGAAUUGUAGUAUUCUAACUAUUAUUAUUAAGAGACCAUCAACUUAUUUAAAGUUUCUUAAGUUACAGCCGGCCGUGGUGGCCGAGCGGUUCUAGGCGCUUCAGUCCGGAACCGCGCGACUACUACGGUUGCAGGUUCGAAUCCUGCCUCGGGCAUGGAUAUGUGUGAUGUCAUUAGGUUAGUUAGGUUUAAGUAGUUCUGAGUUCUAGGGGACUGAUGACCUCAGAUGUUAAGUCCCAUAGUGCUCAGAGCCAUUUGAACCAUUUGAGCCAUCUUAAGUUACAUGUAAUGUUGACAAUAUCCUCUUCUAACGCAUACGAUGCAGACUGUUGAUUAAUAAAUUUGAAAUUUUGUACUGUAUUGCCACAAAACUGUUAAAACAUUGACAUUAGAAAUAGUGUAUAAUACAGUACACCCUCUUAGAGUUGUGAAACAGUGGAAAUUUCGUGAAAUGUUUGAGUUAGUACUUUUCUGUAUUAGUAGGGUAGACUACAAAGUUUUUGUACUUAAGCGGGCUUUUAUUACCUUGCAGUUUUUGUUAGUAGGUGAAUAGUGCAACACAGCAGUUGCUUUUGUUGACCUGAAAUACCCUCUAGAUCAACAGAGUCAAAGAAUUAAGCUGCAAAAGCAGACAUAUUUGUGCUCUCAGAUGUGUGGAAUGUCGUCUUGCCACUAUUAUCUAAUUUAUUUCUGACAAAAUAAGUUAAUGUGAAACUUCUGAUACGCAAUGUAGAACGAAUUGUAAAGCAUGUUGUAGUUCACAACUGUUUGUUUUCUAAUCUUAUAUCUAUAUUGUUUGUAGAAUUGUUUUACUGUUACAGCAGAUGUACUGAAAUUAAUUUGUUAUGUUUAAUAAAGAUAUA